GAAACUUCACAAAAAAUAACCAAAAGUGCGGACAACGAUGAAUUGGUUGAUCGAAAAUGGGUUCGGUGGCAUCAUGGUGUGGUCUAUCGAUAUGGACGAUUUUUCAGGAAAGUGUGGCAAUGGAAAAUAUCCAUUGUUAAAAGUAUUAAACGAAGAGCUUAAAUCAUAUAAAGUACGUUUGCAAUAUGAUGGACCAUAUGAAACACAUGGACCAAGAGGGGCAUACACUACAAAAGACCCAAAUGAGGUGACAUGCGACGAGGAAGAUGGUCAUAUUAGUUAUCACCCAGACAAAUCAGAUUGUACACAUUACUACAUGUGUGAAGGUGAACGUAAACAUCACAUGCCAUGUCCAGCAAAUUUAGUAUUUAAUCCAUCUGAAAAUGUAUGUGACUGGCCCGAAAAUGUCGAAACUUGUCAACAUCACACUCAAGCACCACAAACAAAUUAAAUUUAGAAAGAAAAACUAA